GCUUGGUCCUCCGAGUCCCGUCAAUCAGCCGACUCGUGAUAUAUUCCCGGGCUUAAAACAUUCCACACGUUGUCGUGACUCCAGUUGACAUUGAGAUAGUACCUACCGGAUUUCCCUCUUUUGUCUGUGGCUUAUUCUUCCCCAGACAUCGUGGCUAAUCUAUCGGGCCUACUUGUCUCUUUCUCGUUAAGGUGGUACAGUUCCCGCGCUGGCAGUGCCUGGCUGUGGUGUCCGUGGACCUGGGGCUCGAGAGUCGAGGUGACGGCGACAACCAUAUGAAUGGCCGAAAAGCUGUGAUGAGGAAAGCCCCCCUUGAGUUGCGAGGGCCCUCCAGAGUAAUAUUAAAGUCGGCGAUUCGGAUUGGCUCUGGAAACAAUCAUAACAUCGAGGCACUUGAAGAAGCGAGGUACAAUGCCGAGAGUCUCUUACCCUCCGGUAGGACCGGUACCUUAGGGGACUUUGCUGUCCUGGAACUUGUGUGUAUAUUAUUUACACUUGUACUGCAAUAUACACACAAGUACCUGGUGAAAACGGAUAGGUUCUUCGCUAGACCGAGGAGGAUUAUGCGGAUAUUUGGCUGAAAUGUAAUCCGGGGAUCGAUCGACGCAGGUGUUCUCAUCAUUGUCAGAUAAGCCACUGUAAAGAGUCAGCCAACCCGAAGUU